GUGAGCGCAGUUUUUGGGGCGCAGUGCUCCAAGCUUCGCCUAAGAACCCGUGCUUGACGUCAGGCAGGCUUCCAGGUAGAGCGCUCCAGCCGCCGGAGGCCGCGCGUCCGCCCACGCGCCCUCAAAAUUCGAAGCAGCGCCACAACGGCAUGGCGCUUCUCGUCGCAGCGGCGGCCCUCGCCACGGUUCACGCCGCGACGACGCGCGUCGCCGUCAACCCGACGACGGCCGCAUCAGAAUUCCUCGGGCUCGGAACGAGGCCGCGCGUCCGCGCGCUCCUCGACGCGAACGAGAAAUUGAGACGUUUACAAUUACAAGGCUUCGACUUCCCGAGGAUUGUGGUCAUUGGAGACCAGUCCGCGGGCAAGUCGAGUGUCUUAGAAGCUAUCUCUGGUGUACAAUUGCUGCGAGGUACUGGGGUGGUGACGCGAGCGCCGAUCGAGCUGAGGCUGUCCAAUAGCCAAGAGACAACAUGCAAAGCCUCGGUGGAAGCGGACGGCGUCCCUGGUUGGGAGGGCCCCUGCGAGAGCGUCGGAGAGGCUCUGAACGCCACCAUGAGAGCGUUGCCUGGUCUCAAGCCUUCGCAGCGAGGCGCGCGCCGAGGCAUCACCGAAGACAUUGUACAUCUGCGAGUCACGGCGCCGGGCGCACCGGAACUCACGUUGGUGGAUUUACCUGGCUUAGCAAGAGUGGCGACGGAGGGGCAAAGACCCGACGUCCCGGAACUGACGAGACGCCUAUCGAAGACCUUCAUCGAGCCUUCCCAAUCUAUUGUGCUGGUCGUCUGUGCGUGCAACGCUGAUUUAGCCACGGCCGAGGCUUUGAGAUUGGCGGCGGAGGCGGAUCCCGACGGCGAAAGAACGGUCGGCGUGCUCACGAAGCCCGACCUCAUGGACCCCGGCACCGAGAGUAGUGUGCAGGACAUCCUGCGGGGGAAAGUCGUUAAAUUAGAGAGACACGGCUACUUCGUCGUGCGGAAUCGGGGCCAGCUGUCUCGGAAUGUGACGCAGGGUCAGGCACUAACAGAUGAGGCGCAAUACUUCUCCACUCAUUCGAUAUUCGGGAAGCUCGCGCAGCGCGGGAGGUUCGGGGCGCCGGCUUUGGCCCAGUAUCUGGCCGAGGUGUUGCAAGAUGCGAUUGCGCGGGAUGUCCCGGAGGCUCGACGGUUGGUGGAUAGCAAGGAACGCGACGUCAUCGCCAAGUUACAAGCACUAGGCGAUGCUGCGGAUGUCGACCCGUCCAAAAAAAGAGCUCGUUUGGUACGAGUCGCGACGGACUUUGCGCAAAUGGUCCAGGAGGCGUGUUCCGGGAGAAGCGACGGCGAGCGGGGCCUGACUGCGGAUGUUUUGGCUCUAUACAGAGGCUUUGAUGCCGAUGUCCGAUCCAGAGCGCCGUCGAGAAAUGCUUCUUCGUACUCGGCACGAGUGAGGGAGGCCGUCGCGGAGACGCGGGGCCGCGAGGCGUUCUACGGCUUCCCGUCGGCGCAAGUGUUUGCUGGUCUCGUGGCGGAUCUCGUGGACGACGUGCGAGCGCCAGCUGAACGAGUUGUCAGUGAUGUCAGAGCAAGGGUGCUGGUUGCGGGUCGAGCCGCGGCUGCGGUAAGCGCGCGGCGCUUUCCCGCUUUGCGCAAGAAGCUUGAAGAAUUGGUGGGUGAUGUCGCUUCGGAGAAGUACGAGGCUGCAAAGGAUUCAGUUGCGUUGUUUCUGGACGCCCAGAGGCAUCCCUUCGCGCAGGAUCUGCUUGUGUCAGAAGAGCCGACACCAAGACCCUCAUUCAGGCCGCAGUCGCGGCCGACGUCGUCAAAUGAUGCCUUCGAGGGCCAGGUGGACUUCGUCGCACGGCAGAUCGACCGGUACUUUGGCAUCUUCGCCACGCGGGUCAGUGAUGUGAUCCCGAUGAGCGCCGACUACGCGCUCGUGCAGAACCUGGGGCGGGACCUGGCGUUGCGCGUGGCCGACGCGGCGCAUUCGUUAUCGGACGAGGCCGUGUCUCAAUUACUAACCGAGGACCCGGACGUCGCGCGGCAGCGCUCCGAAUUGAGGGAUGAGCUUUCUCGGUUGUUGGCCGCGCGGGAGACGCUUGAUGAUUAUGCGGCCGGGGAGGUCGUGGCGUAAUGCUCUCAUUGUC